CGCACUUGACCAGGAGUGUACGGGAGUGUGCGCGCGCGAGUCGGGACACCGGGAGUCGUGACCAUGGAGAUCCGCCCGGACCGCUUUAAGGCUGUGGCAGGAAAAACCCUAGGAAAGAUACACAGGAUCCUCGAGAAGAGACAAGAGAAUGGCGAGACCAUCGAGCUGUCAGCCGAGGGAAGGCCAGAGAUGGUGGAGGAGAAGGAACUGCCCAUUGUGGACUGCACCUGCUUUGGGAUGCCUCGCCGCUACAUCAUCGCCAUUCUCUCUGGUAUUGGAUUUUGCAUCUCCUUCGGCAUACGCUGCAAUCUCGGUGUGGCCAUCGUCAGCAUGGUCAAUGACCACACAGUGUAUUAUGGAAAAAAACCCGUCAUAAUGGCUGCUCAAUUCACAUGGGACCCAGAGACAGUGGGAAUGAUCCACGGUUCAUUUUUCUGGGGUUACAUCGUUACGCAGAUCCCAGGAGGCUUCAUCUGUCAGAAGUUUGCUGCCAACAAAGUGUUUGGCUUUGCGAUUGUGGCCACAUCCACUCUGAACAUGCUGAUCCCGGCUGCUGCGCGGAUCCACUAUGGAUGUGUCAUCAUGGUCAGGAUAUGCCAGGGUCUUGUGGAGGGUGUGUCAUAUCCUGCAUGCCAUGGGAUUUGGGCCAAAUGGGCUCCACCUCUUGAGAGAAGCCGAUUGGCCACGACAGCAUUCUGUGGGUCAUAUGCGGGCGCUGUGGUGGCGAUGCCCCUGGCUGGAGUGUUAGUGCAGUAUACUGGAUGGUCGUCUGUUUUUUAUGUAUAUGGUUGCGUCGGAAUACUGUGGUAUCUCUUCUGGAUCUUAGUGUCAUAUGAGAGUCCAGCUGUUCAUCCAACAAUCAGUCCAGAGGAAAGGAAGUAUAUCGAGGAUGCCAUUGGAGAGACAGCAGGGCUGGUUAACCCCCUUCAGAAAUUCAAAACCCCUUGGCGUCAUUUCUUCACCUCAAUGCCAGUGUACGCCAUCAUCGUGGCCAACUUCUGCAGAAGCUGGACCUUCUACCUGCUCCUCAUCAGCCAGCCUGCAUACUUCGAGGAGGUUUUUGGUUUCGAGAUCAGCAAGGUGGGGAUGGUAUCUGCGCUGCCUCACCUGGUGAUGACCAUCGUAGUGCCGCUGGGGGGCCAGCUGGCUGACUACCUGAGAUCACACAACAUAAUGAGUACCACUAAUGUCCGCAAGCUCAUGAACUGCGGAGGAUUUGGAAUGGAGGCCACACUGCUGUUGGUGGUAGGAUUCUCUCACACUAAAGGAGUGGCUAUAUCAUUCCUCGUCCUUGCUGUUGGCUUCAGUGGAUUUGCUAUCUCAGGCUUUAAUGUGAAUCAUUUGGACAUAGCGCCACGUUAUGCCAGCAUCCUGAUGGGUAUUUCUAAUGGAGUGGGCACCUUAUCGGGCAUGGUGUGCCCUCUUAUAGUGGGAGCCAUGACCAAACAUAAGACACGUGAAGAGUGGCAAUAUGUCUUCCUCAUUGCAUCGUUAGUGCAUUAUGGGGGUGUAGUUUUCUAUGGGCUAUUUGCGUCGGGAGAGAAACAGCCAUGGGCCGACGCUGAGGACACGAGCCAGGAGAAAUGCGGCAUCUUGGAAGAAGACGAGUUGGCCAAUGAGACUGAAGAGCUUUACAGAACGGGCGGACAGUACGGAGCCAUUAACCAGCCAACCACGGCCGGUCCAAACAAGAGUGGAGGUGGGGGUGGGGGUGGGGGUUUGGGUGGAGCUGGAUGGGUCUCAGACUGGGACAAAACAGAAGAAUAUGUACAACCAGUCGGGAGAAAUAGUUAUCUUUAUGGAGAAGAGGGUGAAAGGCAGCUCACGUAGUGGGAGUGGGCCACAUUUCCUGCCCCAGAGAGUUGGAGUCUAGCAAAAUAAUUCCCUGCUCAUAGAUACAAAGUGAUGUAUAGGUGGAUCCUCAAUAAGCCCCAUGCUGGACAAAGCUUUUGUUUAGAUGGACAGGGACACCAAUAAGAUUUAAGGGUCUCUCUCCAUACAGAUUAAUGUAAAAGUCUUUUUGUUGUUCUAGUCUUUCUUCACUUUUAGCAAGAGGGUUUCUGGAUAGCAUUUAAUUCUUCAUAGUUUUACAUAGAACCUUUGUUACUAAGGGACCCCAAAGGGACAAAAUCGAGAAUCAAUUUUUUCUCUGUACCCAGACCCCCUGAAAUCAAGGCUAGUAUUUGUAGGUGGUUGUGUGAGUGAAUUUGAAAACUGGAAAAUGGAGAAAGUACAGUAUGUGAAUGAUUUACUGGCCUUUUGGUUAAUGUUAGCUAGCUUAGCUUGGCUAAGUAGCUAAAAAUAAAUAUAGAUAUUGAUAUUUUAUUAGUGAAAGUAAUAAAAUUGUCUGAAUUCAGAACGUGCACAGAAGAUUUGUUUUCCAAAUUCACGUUUUUAUUGUGUCUAGUUGGAUUUGCGCCCAUGUUCUUUUGGCUGUGAAUUACAGCCAUAGGGCUUGUUAUAUUCCUGAAUUUUCCAUCAACGCAACACAAAUCACAGCCAAGUUAACAUUAUUUAUAGACCUACUGUACGUGUUUUUGAGUUAACAAAACGUGAAUCAUUUCAAGUGACCUGUUAAAGUAAUAAAUUUCAACACGAUAAUAAUGCUUCAUUUGAGGCGAAGAUGCACCUAAUAUUUUCCAGUAAAAGCCACCAAAAAAGCCCCCUUUAAAUGGUCUUUCUAUAUCCUAGUUUAUUUCUUUACUCUUUAAUUAAUUUAAUGCAGUAUUGGCAUUAGACCAGUUCGUAUACAGACAAAUCUAUAUGUUAUCAUUAACUACUGACCGCUGAUUUGAGAAGGCAUUCGGCAACAUUAAAGUUAUCUAAAGUUAGCCGGAUAGCGUCUUGCUAAUGCUACUCAAUAUCGUCUGCUAGCUAAAGUGUUGCUAACGCUCUAUGGUAUUUUCUGGCGUUGUUGUGCUGCAAUUUUAGUCUUUAUGGGUUUACUAUACUAAGACAGUAUUUAUAUUCACUUAGGCAUGUAAAUGUACAUUUAAAGUAACUUUUUUUGAGAGUUUUUUUGUGUUUUUUCCAUUUGACACGGUGAAUAUUACGAAGUGGGCAAAUUACAUUAAUGUAAAGGUGCCAUGAAUGCAGCAUAAGCUUCAUUAUAACUUUGAUAAUUGUGCGUAACUCUUGCUAUGCUUCACAAAUCCCUGGGGGUCUCUGAAUGACACUUUUAGAACCACUUGUAGACCUUGUCGACCAGUACAUCCUGGUGUCUAUUUCAUGCCAAUUAAACAUCUUCCUGCUCAGCUAGGAUGGUUUACCUUUCAUUUGAGUAAGUUUGCUUUGCUAAUCAAAAGUUUUGCCCACCAAAGCUUGGGAAUUUGCUGUCCAACCUCAGGCUUCAUUUAAAUAAUAAGUCUGUGGAGCUGCAGCUAAAUACUUCAGCAGAGUAAACCUGGGACUACUGGAUAUUUGGUUAAAUCAGGUGUCUUUGAGCAGGGAAAUCACUAACCUGGAUUUCUGAUGGAUUUUAGCUCUCCAAGGCUGGACUUGAAACCCCAUGAGUUAAGCUGGUAGAGCAAAUUUAUUUGAAUGGGAAAGAUAGAAUGAAAUCCUGAACACGGUGACAUAUUUAGUGUGAAGCAAACUCCAAUUUAAUAUAAUGGAUGGGAAGUAAGAUGGCACCACUACAAUGAGCAAAUGUUGAUGAAUAUGCUGUUAGAAAAAGAAAUUCUUUAAGGGUUGGAUAAUUGAGCGUUCCUAGCUUUCAAAAUGGGUUCUAUCGGGUACCGUCUGUUCUAGGCUUUAAAAAAAAGGCCUUCUUAAGAGUUCUUAUGAAGAAAUGUAGAUAUUUAAUAAUGAUGUUAAUUGUAUGAAAUGAUAGUGAAAGGUGUGUCAGGCUUUUGAAUGUGAAUUUGAACUGUGUGUAAGUGUGUGUGUGUGGGUCAGUGUGGAAUUUGACGGUGCUGUGAUCUAAUUUCAAUAUUUUCAGGCUUUUUGCCAAAAUCACUGUAAUGCACUUAAUAUGAGGAUAAAUACCAGAUGUGUUCCUUUAGUGUAAGCUUGCAUGUGUGUACCUGUGUGUGUGUGUGUGUGUGUGUGUGUGUGUUUCAUUUCUGUGCACAAUUCCUUGUGUUUGUCCAUGGUUCCAUGGUCAGCACACAGCUAGCCCUCUCUGCCUCAUGCUCUAAUAAUAGAUUUUCUUAUUAAACCUGAAUUCCACAGAUCAUAUACGUCAGAUUAGUGGUGUGUGUGUGUGUGUGUGUGUGUGUGUGUGUGUGUGUGUGUGUGUGUUUGCAUGUAUGCUUAUAUGUAGCCCUACAGAAUUAUUGGCACCCUUUACAGUCAUUUAAAUCUUUGGAAAAUAAUUUAUUAGAUCUUGUAGAUUUAGUUUUCUUCAAAUAAAAAUAUUAGAGGAUUUUCUAGUCUUUUUUUUUUUUUUCAAAUAUGUGGCAAAAUUAUUCACACUCCAAAUGAAUAUUUUAAAUACAUGUAAACAAAUUAGUUUGAUUUGAGUUUUUUCUAUUUUUACAGUAUUACUAUAUUUCAAAAUAUAGAGCUGAAAAUAUAAUUUAUUGCAUGUGUUAUUCAUAACAUGUAUGUUUGUAAUAUUAUAUGAAUUUCAUGAUGGGUGUCAAUAAUCUGUGUGUGUGUGUGUGUGUGUGUGUGUGUGUGUGUGUGUGUGUGUGUGUGUGUGCGUGUGUGUGUGCGUGUGUGUGUGUGUGUUUAAAUGAGAUAAAAGCUCUAAAAAUAGUUGUAAUGUGAAGUACAGUAACGAUAGAAACCUGCUAGACAACCUUCUAUCUCAUUUCUUAUUUCCAGUAACACACAGCUAUUCACACUCCAUGUUGUGAAAUCCUGAUUCCAUGUCUGUUUAUCAACCAGCACUUGGCACAAGACAAUUUCACAUCUUUUGAAACACUCUAUCUAGGGUUUAGUUAAAGCAGAACAGAACUAAAGCGUCAAGGAAAUGAUAGAAACAAUUUUGACGUUUUCCUUUAAAAUGUGAUGUUUCUACUUUUUGGAUAUUUUUUUUUAGUUCCUCUCUCAUUGUUUUCCCACAAUGCUGUGAUUAUGUGUGACAAAUGAAUAAAUUGUUAGAUAGUCCUUUUUUUUUUUGGAAAACAAAUAAAUGAAAAGAAGUGAAUAAAUUCUACAUGUGAAAUUUCCCUAUGUACAAUUAAACCGAUGAAUUAAGCACA